CCUCAAAUGACAGCCGAAAUUGCUGCUUUGAUUUGUGCACAAAACGUUGUUUUUCCUCACGGAGAAUGCGAAGAAGGACCAUUUCACGUUAUUGUGAAUGGAGGUUUUAUUGAAGCUAUUGAUAAAUGCACAGGGAAAUGCAAUGAACACUUAACUUGUGAGUUUCUUACUCCUGGUUUUAUUGAUAUUCACAACCAUGGAAUGGGUGAGUGACUUUACAUGUAAUCGUUAAUUGACAAUGAAUCAGCAAAGUUACUCUUAAUUCUAGCGUCAUUUUAUAGGGUUCCAGUUUUGAUCCAUGAGGUCACUUAAUGAGGUUUACCUUUCCACUUUUAUUUAUGACAAAUUUUGGUCUUUCUGUUUAACAGUCAUGCAAAAAUAUACAUAAACAAAAAAGUUUGUUAUGGGAAGAAAAGGCAUAUUAAAAGCAUCCUUUUCAGUUGCAACUAGUGUGUACCAUUUAUCUCUUAAUCUGAGGUGAGGUAGCAACACAUGUGGGUAGGGGGUGGGGGGGUGGAAGACCUCUGUGGAAAAAAAAUGAUCUCACCUAAUUUUUUUCCAAGUUCACCCCCACCCCCACCCCCAUGGUGUCUGUAGGUGUCUGCUGUUUAAGUUUGUAAACUCCUUCAACCUUUUGCAUUCAUCUCUAUCCACACAAGAACAUUACGUAUUUAUACAUGAAUGUGGGAAAUUAUUUUCACAAAGUUUUGGGAGGGAAGAUUUGACAAGUGAAAGAUCAAACAACUUUGGCAGUUGUAAAAAGUAACCCGGAAAAAAAAAUUAGUCUUGAAUGGGAUUCAAACCCAUAUUAUAAAGUUUUUAUAUUUUUACCACCAGAUCUCCACCUGUGUAAGAAAGUAGUAAAUUAAAUGUAUCAAAAUUACAAUGUCAAGUGCGGCCUAUCGGUUGUCCCUGGGAAAGAUGCUGAUGAUCAGUGUCCUUAUAUAUCCAGCAUGCAAAGAAAGUAGUGUCCGAUAGCCCAGGGCUGGUGGAUUUUGCUAUUGGGCUAGUGAAUUCUGUUUUUAACUUGCCCCACAGGCAUGUAAUGUUUUUUGAGGAAUUCAAAUAACAGAAGAACUGUGAAAUCAAUUCUGCUAGUCAAAAAGUGUUAGGGGCUAGUUGAAAUGAGGUGUGGGCUAGUAAAUGCUAGCUUCAGCUUGCCCGAAUGGCAAGCUGUAAAAAUGAUUUUCUUUGCACCCUGAUAUCAAUCAUGCAAUAAUUUCCUCUUGAAGUGAUUUUCUAAUUUUGUCGGAAUUUGCAUUGCACAUGACUGAUCCCACAAGGAUCGUAGGUGAGCUAACGUUCGAUAGCCAAUGACUAAUUUUUACUCAGACAAUCACAUGGAGCCUGUUUCAAAAUAUUCUCCUGUAAUGUUAAACCUUUCUGCAGCUACUAGAAUUCUUAAUGAAAACCCUGAACAAAAUACAUGUUUUGCAUCCCAGUCCAUAUCAUAUCAGCUUAGUUGGGCAUCAGUUCUUUACAUGCGAUGAAAUGAGUUUAUUAAAGUUGGGCUUUUUACUGUCAAAACACCAGUCAUUCUCCUGAAAAUUAUCUAUGAAUUCAUGUUUAAUGGGGCUCGAUCAGUAUUAUACAGGGAGUGCUGGCAAAAUGCUCUAAAGAACAUAUAAUUUAUCACACAACACAUAUAGCAUGUUGCCACAAACCAUACCUUGAACUCUAAGGAACCUUACAUGCUUUGAAUGAAUAUAACCUCAUGUAAAAGAAUACAACACUAGUAUACUUUACCGUAAUUUACCUCACUUGAACAUAAUAAAGCUCAUAUUGAGCACUUUACAAAUAAAUAAAAAAUGGCUGGGCAAUAGGAGCUCUUGAGUUCAAUUCCUGGCGGAACUUAUAUUUCUUUUUCUCUGCCUUUUUUUUUUCCUUUUUGUUUAGUUUUUUUUUUUUGGUUAUUGUAGUUUUGUUUUGUUUCUUUAUAUAUAGCAAAAGUUUUAUUAAAAUUAAUUUUCUUCCCUAUUUCCCUUUCUUCUUACUUCUUCUUGUUCCCCUGAAGUGCUUCACGAGGUCCUGCGAUUCACGUAUUUUUAGUUAUAAUUAUUAAUUUAUGAUUAACAGGUGGAGCGGAUGAUGUCGCAGAGUUUUGGAAAAAUCCAGGUACGUUUAUCUUAAGUGUUAUUUUUAAACUACCAUUAGCUACAUGUAGUUGCCAGUGAAUGUGUGUGUAAAAUAUGACUGUCCUUAAUAACAAGACAUUCACUUUUUGACACUUGCCAAGGUUACAUGUAUUGUCUGCAUGGAGAGAACAUUGUAUGCAUCAGUGUCAAUUCCAUCCUAGGCCAAAAAAAUGCUGAUGCCUGGGGAUCAAUGGUGGGGGGGAGGGGGUGGGCUGCUGGGUGGUGCUGGGCGCAGCUGGAAUUGACUGAUGCAUUAAAGUUUAACUCCAUUGAGUCAGUGUACCUUGAUUCUUAAUCAGUAAUAAAUAAAAUACAUUGUUAUGUUCCUAGACUUUCACUCAACUAAACAGGGACAGCCAUUGGCUGAUGCUUGGUCACAUGGCCUUGACUAAAAUCAAAUGUAUCCCGAUCGUGAUACAUUAAGCAAUGUACCCCACUCAGGAUGCAUUACAGCACGUGAUCAAGGCAUGGACGAAAGUGGCGUGACAGAAGGUGGGAAAAACACUGCCACUUUCCUUUUUUGUGAAUGAACACAACAACACAAGCACAAAGCCUCAAGCUAAAAACAACGAUUUUCAAAAUUAUCCCAGAAGAGAAACAGCAGCUAGUGGAGGAAAAAGAUGCAGAUGUUCUAAGGGAAGUACUUUGCAAAUCAUUCAUUCAGUGGUUCUGACAAUUAAAUUUGUGUUCUUAAAAGUACUGAGUCAACUUUUUUGAUUCACUCUGCUUAUAAUAAGCGUAUUCUUUUGAUUGCUGUUGAAGUACAUUGAAGUGAAAGUCUAGAAAUAUAACAAAACACUUAAUGUCAGGUCCCUUGGGAAACCAGUUAGUUUUGUUUUCCCUCAAGUCCUGAUUUUUCCCUCAACUUCGUCCCGGGACUCUUGGGAAAACAAAACUAACUGUUUCCCUCACGAUCUGACAUUAAGUGUAUAAUGUAGUAAUAUUUCAGUUACACCCAGUAUGAUGCUCUUUGUUCAUGAUCAGUUGUGAGGUUCAUCUUAAGUACUAGCAUUUUGUACGUUAUAUUUUAAAACAUUUCAAUCUGGCCCGCAGUCUUAAUCUCAUUAAUCUUUUUUACCAAUCUUCUCUGUAAAGACACUUUUCGUAGAGAAAUCAUUAACUAGUUAAUGAUACCUGUAGUUAAUUAACCAGGAGGAGAUUUAGGGGUGGUUUCUGUCAUAUUUAAUUUGUUCAGUGAUGUGAAGUGAAGUAGCCUCUUUUAUCAUGUGCCGUUGUUUCAGUGAUUGGGAACCUGUGUUUAUUUAUUUAUUGACCUUCUUAUAUACACAUACACCACUGCUCCUUUGAGAUGAGGUGAUGCAAUUCAAUGUUAUGUUUUGACCUCAUAUUUUUGCAUGUUAUAUAUUUUGUAGGAUUCACAAGAGCCAAACUUGUGCAAAAUGGAACAACAUCAUUUUUAGCUACAGUUGUUUUUUCAGACCAUCCUCUGGGCAGUAAAAUGGACAGCUUACUAAAAAUAUUGGACAGUCAAGUUGGAUGCAUUGAUGGCAAAGGUGCUGUGUUGGAGGGUAUUCACUGUGAGGUGGGGCACAACAGGUUUAUUAAAACAAUAAGGUUAUGUUUUGUCAUUUUUUGUCUUAAUUCCUCGUUAUUUUCUGUUUUAUACAAAAUGGGGAAGAAUAUGUGUUUUUCAAGGAUAAAGUUACAGUCAGUGUAGUCCUACAUGUAGUGUUGUAAUUGGUCAUUCAAACUUGUCUCUCAAUCUAGGCAGCCUCUUUGAAGGAAAAAAUUAAGGCAGAAUCCACCAGGAAACUGAGCAAUUUUAAUUCUCAGUGGAUCAAAAUUUUGUACCACAAUAAUUUAAAGAAUAUUGCAUUAUUUUUUACAUUUUCCAAGGCCUAAAGAUGUAAUUAGUCAUCUAAUAACACCAAAGAAAAUUUCUCAUGGGAGCCCAAGAAAAUGAAUGUCAAAUUUCACAAGAAUUUUGAAAACACAGGUAAACUUCUGAAAAUCUCAUGUGUAAGAUGCAAUUUUGGUUAUUAUCAUGCAGGGACCUAUAAUCACAGAUCUUGGAGCAAUGCCUCAAAGUUAUAAUGAGAUGACAUGUGAGGAGUUUGAAGAGCUCCUUAACAAGAUCUCGAAUUUGAAGGUCAUGACAAUCAGUCCACAUGCAGAAGCAGCUGUGAGUCAAAGCAGGAUAAAAUGUCUGUUAAAUAGGUGAAAGUGAAAAAAUGCUUCAGCUUCAUCAAAAUUAAACCUGCAUGCCCAAUAACAAUUGAUUAGUUGUUAUUGAAUUUCUCAUAGUUGAAACUCAAAUCUUUUGAUCCUUUGGGGAAGUAAACAUUGAUCCAAAUAACUGACAGGUAAAAGGAAAAAGUGUUUGGAUGGGCAAAGUAAAUCAGUUUUGUUUGAAAAAAAUCACCAUGUUUGAAAAACUGUUAUUUUAUCAAAAUUUAAAUACCGCACUUAUUACAAUGUAUGAUUGUGAAAUUGGACAAUUUUAAUGCAUGAUAGAUUAAUAUUAAGAUUCAAACUUUUUCUUUCCUUUGUCAGACUUCCUCCAGUAAUUACAGUAUAUCUUCUAAAAGAAAAUAAGACACCAUGUGUCUGCUAUGACAGGAAAACAACUUAAUUUGAUCCAAAACUAUAGUGGAACCCUGACAAAACAAGCUUUUUAAUAAGAAUGACUUCAGUGUACCUAAAAGUAUGCUUCACUCCACUGAUGAUUGUCUGAAACGAUAUGAAACAUAACUCUGCUUAGUCAGAAAAUAAUAUUGUAAGUAGGCAUCCAACUUAAAUCUCAAAAGCCAGCUGUUCUGAAACCAGAAGUAGUGGGUGUGCACUAAAGCCAAAUGCCCACCUGUCUAAAACCAAAAGUGACCCCGUGGUCCCAUGGUACUUUGU